CCAAAGCCAUUCAAUUCAAUAGGAACCGACCGUCAGAGCGGGCACGCUUUCGUGACGUUCUAUCCCUGCGUGUACACUGAUGUUGGUCUGAACAGUGAAAGAAAAAGAAGCAAGCGUGCGUGGUGAAGUAGAAAAGGUGCGUUUGCGUGUGUGUGCGCCGGUGUUUCAAGCAGAGUAUCUUCAGCAACGCGCACAGUGACUGUGUUGUGCAUCUGGUUGGACACUGUGAUUCUUUAGCUUAGCAGAACCGAAAUUAAACACGCAUCAAAGCAGAUCAACCAAACCACUUGCUCCCACCCUCGGCGACAGAUUGUUGUGUGGGUGUGUGUGUCCGGCGUGGAUAAUCCUUGGGUAGGACCCUCUCCCGCAGCAGCAGCAGUAGUGCAACGCCGUCAAAGUGGCGUCUGACGACGGUGAGGAGAUGGGCGAGGUUGGUGCAAACGCCACGGAAACGACUGCAGCACCAACGGCGGCAGACAGUAACAACGAGCCAAAGGAAAAUGGUGAAGUAAAUGGAACGAGCGCGACCGCGCCAGCAGCCCAAGAGGAAGACACAACCAUCACUGUUAAGCAGGAGAAAACGGUGGACGAAAAAUCAGCAGCAGAAGAAGCAAAUGGAACAGUUAGCGAAGGGGAUGACGCCGUAGAAAAGAAGGCAACCGAGGCCGGCAAGGAACAACCGUCACCAUCAUCCGCAGCGCCAAAAAGUGAUGCAACAAACAAGUCCCAGGAAGCGAAAACUGAACCGAGGGAGGAGGAAGAGGAGGGGGAGAAGCACGAGCAGAAGAAAAAGAAGAACAAUAGUGAUAAAGCGACAGCAGUAGCGCCAUCUACCGAGGAACAGUCGCACAAAACCGAUGACAGUUGUGCUGGUGGUGGUGGCAACGGUCUCGGUACGUCGGCGGAAGGAAAAUCUGAUCUAGCUAGCCGCCCAGACGGCGAAACGAAGCGUUGCCAGGAUACGGAUGGCAAAAAAGUGUCCCGACCUGCCGCACCUGAAACAGAAGCAAUGGAUUUGGACGACGAGGAUAGUGACGCCGUGGUGGCAGUGGAAGCUACAAACGGCACACAAAACGGUAAGGAGAGCGUGAAAGUGGCAAGCAAAGAUUCCAAAGCAGUGACCACCGUUUCCAAGGAGGAGGAGGAAGAGGUUACGGAAAUCCCCGAAGACGAACCAAUGGAGGUGGAUGGUGAGAACGAAUCGGUCGCAACCAACGGUCACAAGGAAGCGACCACCGUCCGGGAGGAAGCAGAAGAAGAUGCGGUCGAGCGGGCGGAAAAACUGACCCGGAAGAAACCGGCCGGAAAGGAGUGUGAGAAGGAAGCUCCGCUGGAGAACGAUGAAGACGACAAACCUGUCAGUAUUAACUCCGACUCCGAAUGUGAGGAAGAUCCACAGCACAGGCAAGAACAAGGCCGGGAAUCGGUCACCACCACCACCGCAACGAAAGCGGCAACGCCAUCCAACGUGAUCCUGGUGGAUGAGGGUGGACUGGCGAAACUCGGUGCUGUUGGAGGUGAUGGUGCGCCGAUCGGGGCGAAGAGUACCGCGGGCGACAGUGUACCUAGCAACGGUGUUGCGAACGUUUCGACCAGCAACCAGAACGGUGACUGUGAUGGGGAUUUAACGAUCCUGAGCGACAAGGAAGACGAUUGCGUGGUGAUUGAGGAUGACGAGGGCGAUUCGGACGAGUCCAUGCCGUCCGCUGCAAACACCACCCGCGGAAGCAAUGCUGUGCCGCAUCAGCAGCAGCAGGCACGAAAGUCCGAGGGUCCAAUAUCACUCGUGACGGGCGGUGCAACACUGAAUGCUGCUACAAUCGCCGCCAUGCAACAGCAGCUCGGUCAGGGAUCCAUGGACGAUGAGGAGGACGAUGAUGACGAUAUUGAGGAAAUCAUUGACGAUCCUCUAUCGUUAAAUUCGGCCAGAAAUCUAUCGAUGAGCUCAGGACGCUCCUCGAUCGGUGGCUACCAGAGCAAUGCUACCAACUUCAAGAACCAGGGUCAAAAGUCUCUCCUCAUGAGCAACAGCGCUGCCGGUGGUGGCAAAGACCCGACACUCGUGUUAAUCGAUACCAACGCAAUGAUAAACAAUGGCGGUUCUCCGCGUACCUCGGCGGUGAAUCUUAGCGCGGUAGGAUCACCCACCGUAAACAGCAAUGCGGCGACUCUGCUCGCCAAGGCCAGCAAUGCCGGUAUCCUGGCGAACGCGAACGUCAACACCGGCGGGCAAUACAAUUCGCGCAGCCUGCUCAAUGCACCCGGCAUCGCCAACCCAACGUCCGGCGGAGGAGGCAUCGUUAACCAUCAGGGCGGCGCUAUGCUGGGGAAAGCGGGCGCAUCGGCAUUGACGCCCGUGACACCGCUGCUGCCCGCGCUUACGGACGAUAUGUUUGUGCUGGAGGCACCAUCGUUCAUCGUGCCGUACAUCUACGAGAAACCGCCGGAAGACAAUCUGCGCGACAUCGUGGACGAGCUGGAGGAAAGCAUUAAGGAAAUGCGCAAAAAGCUGGUCGAGUCGGGUGUGGUUCCACCUGCGUCCGACCAGCCGGCUAACGAGGCGGGCACGUCCGCGGCAGCGCAGAAGCAACAGCAGCCGGACGAGAGCGGUAAGAAGGAUGCUGCGCCCGGCUCCAUUUACGACAAGGACGCGGACAAAAACAAGUACAACAAAAAGCGGAAACGAAACAAUGACGACGAUGACGACUGGGACGAGCUGGAAACGUCCACCGACGACGAAGCGUCGGACGAGGAGCAAAAGACGAAGGUGCUGAUCAAGGAGGCGAAGGCCGACAUCGAGGCGAUCAAGGAGCACAUCAUCUCGCCGUCCGACAAGGACGACCUCGGCGGCGGUGGCGGCAGCAGCGCGGGCGGCGGUGCGAACGAUCCGAAAAAGUCGGAAAACUAUUUCGAAAAUCCGCUCGGCAAGUUCUUCAUGAACAUCGGCAUCAACCUGGUGCAGGAGUUCGUGCAGACCGAUCUGUUGCGCCAGCAGAAGCGUAAGCGCGACCGGGAGGGCAAACCGUCGCCGAGCACGCAGCUGGCCAUCAACUCGCUGAUGAAGAAUCUCGAGCAGAGCAAGGAAAACAACAAACCGUACAAGUUCGAGAUGAAGCGGUGCGAGUACUGCCCGUUCAAGUCGGAAUCGGCGCUGGUGAUGGCGCACCACUACGAAACACCGCACAUGCGCAACUUCAUCUUCAAGUGCAACUUCUGCGCGUACGAAACGCGACCCCCGCACGACAUACUGUACCACAUGGAGGCGGUCCACAACAUUAAGGGCCGGAUGGAGAAGGCACUGUCGUACCACCACUGUCCGAACUGUCCGUUUGAGGAUAAUGGGAAGUCGAAGCUGGCCCGGCAUGCGGUCGCCUGCGCGAAGAAGUUCCGGCCCGAGCUGAACCUUAACCCGCCCAUCGACUGGGAACCGCCCGCAAAGAUACCGCGCAUCAAACCGAAACACGGACUGGUCGGCACGGCAACGGCUUAUCAGGCCAUGACAGCCCAGCAGCAGAAAAACAUUGCCCUUGCCAAUCAGCAGCGCAUCAAUCAGCAGCAGGUCGUCUCAUCGCCGGUCCACCUCCAGCAGCAACAGCACCUGGCACACAGCCAGAUACAGCAGCAGCAGCUUGCCGGCGUCGGCCAGCAGCAGCAUCUCGGACUGGCCGGAGCGAAUGCGGCCGCCGCCACGCUGAACAACGUUGCCACGCUAGCAAACCUUUCCCCAACGGCGCAGGCCGUCGCCAUACGGGCCCGGGCGGUCGGUGGGACCGGGUCCGUUGCUGGGACCGGUGGCCGCGCACCGGCCAUCAUUCCCUCGCCGACGGGUAUUACCGGGGCGGGCGGCGGCGGCGGCGGCGGUGUACGAGCGGCGGCCGGUGGUGGCGUCGGCGGUGUCGGUACUAUGAACGCGAACGCGCUUGCCGCGUCGGCCGCCGCCAUCCGGAACACGCUCGCCGGUGCAGGAAUGGUAAUACCCAAUAACCUUCAGCUUUCGGCAUCGGCUUUGGCCGCUGCUGCUGCGGGAGGAUUUAGUAAAUAUCUGCCGAAAUCAAUCAACGCCGGACGAUCUCUUCUAACCAAUUCCAAUGCCUCCAUCACAAUUCAGAAUGCGUCCAGCAUGAAAGCGACAAAGACGGCACAGGCACCGAGCAUCUCGAUAACGCCCCUGCCACGUCAGUCGGCCUCGAACAACGCUGCCAACAUGUCCAACAUUGCCGGUGCCCUGUCGAAGCUGCAGGCGCAGGGUACGUCCGCGGUGAAGCCCGGCCAAAAUCCGACCGGUGGCAAGAUGGCGUUCGUGGUGUGCGAGAUCUGCGACGGGUACAUCAAGGAUUUGGACCAGCUGCGCAACCACAUGCAGUGGAUACACAAAGUUAAGAUCCAUCCCAAGAUGAUCUACAACCGGCCGCCACUCAAUUGCCAAAAGUGUCAGUACCGGUUCUUCACCGAUCAGGGCCUCGAAAGGCAUUUGCUAGGCUCGCACGGCUUGGUGACUAGCUCGAUGCAGGAGGCCGCCAACAAGGGCAAGGACGCUGGUCGCUGUCCAGUGUGUGGCAGGGUGUACCAGUGGAAGCUGCUAAAUCACGUGUCCCGCGACCACAACAUGACGCUGAAACCUGCCCAUCUUUCGUACAAGUGUACCGUCUGUACCGCCACGUUCGGCAUGUACAAGCAGUUCGAAAGCCACGUCUACUCCGCGCACAGUACGGUGGCGAAGAAGUCGACCGACGGCAGCAAAAGCAGCAACAGCAGCAAGGGCGGCGGCGGCGGCCAGCAGCAGAGCUCAUCGGGCAUGGGUGGCGGAUCGUCCUCUUCCGGUGCCGGGUUGAGGAAUCCGUUCGGUGGUGGCGGUGGUGGUGAUUCGCUGCUGAAACCGCUGAAGAUUAACGACGAAAUAACGAUCAUCCCGCAGCCGACAUCGAACAGCAAGAUGGCGAAAACGAUCGAGCUGGAAAGUCAUGUCAUAGAUUAAAAACUGUGGAUUUUUGGAAGAAAAACAAGGUUAGUAAGGCCAUUGUAAAUCACAGCCGGUCCAGAGCUGGGGACUAUUUGGACCUUUUGGGACGCCGGGGGAGAUGAUCGUUCCUGGAUCGUUCCCUUAAUUUAUCUUCUUCACCCCUGAGAUCUCCUCGUGAUCUUUCUCGACCGCCACACGAUCGUCGCUGUUCCCCCCCAACACAAAUCCCCCCCACAAAUCCUUACUACCAAAUCGUGCAUAAUAUCCCUGCGGUUGUUCAACGACCGUCGUGACCACACCAGUUGUGUAGUUGUGUCCGCGCAUUGCCCACCCCCUUUUUUACCAAUUAUUUUGCUCUUCUUCAAAAAUAAACGUUACAUUUAGGUAAUUUAAUAACCAAGUACGACGCGCGCGCGACAUUAUUUUUUCCCCCGCCGGCUUGCGUGCGUGUGUGUGUGUGUGUAAAGUUGUUUCGUAGGGGUGGCGAAGAAGGCGGCAAAGAAAAUCCAUGUAAUAAAUGCGAAAUACAAAGUUGUGUAUAGAACGUAAGUGAUAAUAACAAGGCAGAACCAGUAACGGAGUGUAACAUUGUCUCGCGUUUGUCCAUCAUUUUUGUUUAUCAUUAUCGAUAUCGUUUUUUUUUUUUCGUUUCCAUUUUUGUUUCGUAUUUGUUCAAGUCGGCGUGGACUGUGUAAUUAGUAUUUUAAAUUUACCUCCCAUAAACUCUUCUUUCCCGCGUGCUAUGGUAAAGCAAUCUGAGUAAGUUCCUAGAUUUUUAGCGGGACUCGGGGUGUCUACACAGGAUUGGACUUCGAUUUGGUAAGGUUAGCUCUCAACUCGCCGUCGUCUCAGCGGUUUUGGUGGGUGUCCCAUUGUCCCCUGCACACAGAAAGAGGUUGGAUGAUGGGACGGAUCUUGUACAACGAGCAAUGAGGGGGUAUCAGACUUAUGGAAACUGAGUACGAACGUGGAUUGUAGCGCUAGAUUGUAUACUACUAGAACGUUUACCCCGAACGCCACUGCUGGCUAAUCGGAAUUAUUUGAGUGGAUAAGGAAAAAGGGCGCCGAUUCAACUGCACGGGAGAGAAGGUAGCGCACUGUAAAGCAUAAAGUAAACCCGAUUCUCUUAGCAACACAACACUCUAGACAGAGAGACAGACAGCACAGGCUGCUAAAGCCCGUUAAAACUAGUGAUGGGAAUAACCACCCUGUACCGUGAAUCAGAAUCAGAGUGAAUGAGUUAGAAGCGUGAGUCUCCGUGCCGAUUAAUCACUCACUCACUGUAUAUGAGCGGAUUAGUCGGCACGGAGAGUCGAUAAAUCAUAAGUGAGUUGAAUCUACUCUCAGUCAUGGGUAAGAUUUAACUCAUUCACACAUUCUGACUCAAUUGGCACAUCACUAGUUAAAACCGAAGAAUAGCACCCGGGGGGGCGCCUAUACCCUUUUGAUAGCUUGUAAAGUGAGGAAUGUAGCUUACAAAUUCCCAUAUCUUAGGCAGGUUUGAAUUGGCUCAUGAAGGGGAAUUGAUAGGACUUAUGUAUAGAGAGCUGUAGCUUACAAAUUCCCAUAUCUUAGGCAGGUUUGAAUUGGCUCAUGAAGGGGAAUUGAUAGGACUUAUGUAUAGAGAGCAGAAAGAAGGCCAAGAGUAAAGCAAAAACCCCUAUAGAGAACGAGCUCGUGUUCGUUUCUGUCUGUGUUAGUACGAGGAACGAGAAAGAGACAACAAAAAAGAACGCAGGGUUAAAACAAAGUUGUAUGGUGCGGAAAAAAACCCCGGAGAAGAGUUAAGGCACCAUUUAAAAAAAAAACAAACAAACAAACCAACAAAACUCACCUAACCAUACACGGUGAGGAUACGUACGACGAUGAGGAAGUAGUGGUAGUAGUAUGAAGGGAAAAAGGAGCAAAAAAAAACAGAUUCUUUAUAAUCCAAAUAAACUGAGCCAGAUACUUGAA